AUGGCCAUGUAUAAACCUAGACUCCGUGGAAGAAUACAUCAAGUUGCAUUUUACAUCACACUGGCUAAAACUCUCAUCUACAUCAUAUGCUCAAUCAUAAAUCAAGGAAGUAUUGGGAUUUUGAUAUACCUCAUUUCCCAGAUAAUUUUGUUCGGCAUAAGCAGCACAUAUCACACCAGAACAUGGAAAAGCAAAAAGAACAGACAAUUACUCCAGAGACUCGACCACAUAUCGAUAUUCAUUUUGAUAUCUGGCACACAGACAUCGGUUGCUCUCACACUGAUUCCAUUUGGCAAAUACACAAAGCACAUGCUGAUGACAACAUGGACGAUCUCGCUUUCUGGUAUUCUGAAGAUCUUGCUUAUGAAAAAUCUCCAUACAAACAUUGAUACACUCGUCUACAUUCUACAUGGCAUAUCUGUAAUUCCAUUCUUCAGCAUCAUCAUGAAGAACAUUUCUUUGUUUGAUGCAAGUCUUUUUAUACUGGGAGGUGCCAUAUAUAUAGCUGGUGGCUGUGUCUAUGUAAUUGAAAGGCCAAAUCCAUUACCUAAGGUAUUUGGAUAUCACGAAGUAUUUCACGUAAUGACUGUAUUGGCAAAUUGGUGUUUCUUCAUACCUUUAUUAAAAAGGUAUAUCACUGCAUUAUAA